GCAAAAUGGAUUUGUAUAAGCAAUUGAUGAUUUAAUAAGGAGUCAGCUGUUUAUGUGGAAGAGUAUUGAAAUAAAGAAUACAGCUGUCUAAACUGCCUUUAAAAUGGUAUAAUAUAUACAUAACCAAUGAUAUAAGGGAUAUGAUGGUUGAGGAAACAUUGAAUUCGGUGAACAAACCUAAGAAUAAAACAGCUCGUCCUAGACCUGUGUAUCUCUGGACUGUUGUUGAUGUUCAGAAAUGGCUGAGACGCCAUUGCAGUGACUAUUAUCCCCUAUACUGGGAAAAGUUUCAGCAGCAUGACAUUACAGGCCGAUCUCUUGUACGUAUCAAUGAAACCACUCUCCUGAGGCUUGGGAUUGACAACGCUGAACACAGGCAAGAAAUCUUGAGGGAAAUAAUGAAAUUGCGGUUGAAGACGGACAUAAUUGAAAUCAGGGAUCUGGAAAGGAGGAAUAACAUGAACUAUGAUUAAACUGAACAAUUAAUUGUACUGAAGAGAAAUGAAACUCAGAGAUGAGGAAUGUAUUGUUUUAAUAUCAUUUCUAUCACUCUUUUGGCUCUAUCAUCAAAACAGCCAAGCGAUGACAAGAAGACUAUUACGACUUAAAAAAAGACGCUACUAUUUGCGUAAUGUGAUAUCCAAACUUCUAAUUUCACAAUCAGCUCUAUGUAAUAACUCAGACACAUCUCAAAAUUCUCAGUGCCAAGAUUCUGACUAGAUCUGUACAAAGCAGGUAUGCAUGCAGGGUAAGAGAUUGUCUCAAACAAAGUAGACUGUAUUAUAAUCCUGUUUAGUGUAAUGUAAAUAACACUAUAUCUUCCAGCAUGUGGGAAGCUCGGGAAACAAAUUCUUAUUUUGCUUGUGACCAUGUGAAAACCUGCGAGUGUUUAAUGAUUUCAAUUUGCUGUGUAGUCUUGUUAAGUAUAAUACUUCAAAGAAACUGUAAUACUCUUUUUUUUUAAAUAAAGUUCUUUCUUGUGUUUAUAAUUGUUAAUAAGGGUCAAAAUGUGUUUGCAAAUCAGUUGGCCAGACAAGUUAUUUAAGUCAUCAGAAAAGGGUGGCUUAAUAUUUUCUGUCACCUCCUUUCAGCACAUACUUAACUUCUGCUGUUGUAUAAUUGGUCCUAAAUACACAUGGACCAUGCAUAAGGUAAUGGCAAAAUAUAUCAAAUUUAAAAGAUUAUUAUUGUUGCGACUUACAAAUUUAUGGAGCUCAGCUUCUUUGGGCAUGAUUUGCCAUUUCCUCUGUGCCAUAAGUGACUUAAGUGACAAUGCCAGAAUUCCAAUAUAAUUUCAAAUGCCAAUUGGGGAAUUAGUCACCAGUCACUGCAAACCACAUUUCAUGACCCAUUUUACAUUUACAUUUAUUUUCAUUUCAUUGAUCCAAUCCUUCCAUGUAGGUCUGGAUAUAAAAUAUGUCACCCCUGCUUAAUAUGUUCUACAAAAGUACAAGUGAACCAGCAUAUGACUUCCUGACCGUACACUUCUUCCUUUCUGCAUUUGCUGCCUGCAGCUAUUCCCAAAUGCUCAUCAAGAAAACAGCACCCUGCCAGCCAGGGACAAUCAGUACUUGGCUUUAUAGUACCCUAGAAACUUGUACUGAACAUGAGUUUAGACCUAGCAGGAAGAAUACAACUCAUUUGAAAUGCAAUGCCUUGAACAGAAAAAAUGUACAAUGUGGUAACACCCUCAUGCCAAUACUGUAAAUUGUUUAUGCCUCUCAGGCAA